AUGGCCCAACUAGGAGCACUCUUCACUUUAUCUUGCUGUUUGAUCCUGACAGGAGCCCAACACCAACCAGGGAGAUGCAUCUUUUACGAAGAGUGUGGUCAAAACCCCACACUGAACCAAACUCUUAUCAAGCCGAUUGUGCCCUGUUACAAUCCGAGUCCUGCAAGACUGCUGAAAGGAGACCACUACAAGAAGCUUGCUCAGGUGUGUCCGAUGUUGGAUCGAGGAGAAGGCAACACAUUCGCCUGCUGCUCCAUCCCACAACUUGUCUCCUUGGAAACCAGCCUGACCCUCUCUAAAGCCGUCCUCAACCGCUGUCCUUCGUGUUCCCACAACUUCGCCCAUGAGCACUGCAUCAACACAUGCAGCCCUGACCAAAGCCAAUACGUGAACGUCACUAGACUCAUGAAUAUCACCUAUGCGGGAGGCACCCGCGAAGCCGUGGUGGCCUAUCAGGCGUAUUUGUCCUCUAGAUUUGCAGAGAAAGCUUUCCAAUCGUGCAAAAAUGUCCGCAUCCCAGCCACAGGUGGAUUUGCAAUCUCGACGAUGUGCGGCCGAUAUGGGGCCAAGUUAUGCACUGCUCAACGCUGGUAUGACUUCCAAGGAGACUCCAGUAACGGCCUUGCCCCAUUGGACAUCGACUUCAUGCUUAUUCCUGACAGUGCGGCUGCAUCCUUACCCUUCGGUCUCAUCCCGUACAAUGGCAGCGCUCUGAAUUGUAACCAAGAUACGCCCUCAGGAGGCAAAGCGUGCUCAUGCCAGGACUGCCAGGACGCUUGCCCCGUUGUCCCAGGACCCGCAGAGCCCCCAGGCCCGUUCAGAAUGUUUGGCGUGGAUGGGUUUUUGUUGAUCUCUGUUCUCCUCUUGGUCCUGCUGAUGUUGGCCUUCAUCUUCUACAUAUCUGUGUCCUGCUAUGUCAAGUCGACUAAGCCAAAGACAAAGAAUACGAAGAAGGAUUUAAAUAGCAACAAUGUCACACAAAGGCUGAUUCAUCCCGCAGAGAUUACGUGCACUGACAAGAACAGUCUGGCUGCUCACGCUUUUUUAAGUUCCAUAUUUGAAGAGUGGGGAAAGUUAAUGGCCACUUAUCCAUUGACAGUGCUGCUGGUUUCCGCUGCCCUCGUUUCUGUUUUGGCCGCUGGACUCAUGCACAUAGAGCUCACCACUGACCCAGUGGAGCUGUGGUCUGCCCCCAACAGCCGCGCCCGUCAAGAGAAGGAUUUCCACGAUUCAAAUUUUGGGCCUUUCUUCCGAACCAACCAGCUAAUCCUGACUGCGCCCCAAAGAAAAGGCCACAUUUACGAUUCACUACUCUUCGGAAAACAGAACUUCAGCGGAAUCGUUUCCAAAGACCUGAUCCUUGAGCUGUUGGAGCUGCAAACUCGAAUUAGGGAUAUAGAGUUUUUCUCAAAGGAUCUGAACCGCACUGCGAGUUUGAAGGAUGUUUGCUUUGCGCCUCUGAAUCCCACCAACCCCACAAUGACAGACUGUGCUGUGAACAGCCUGCCGCAAUAUUUCCAGAACAGCAUAGACAACAUUAACGCGAAGGUGUUCAUGACCGAACUAGGAGUGACCAAAGAGGUGGACUGGAGGGACCAUUUGAUCUACUGUGUCAACUCUCCACUGUCCUUCAAAGACAUCACAGAUUUAGGCAUGAGCUGCAUGGCUGAUUAUGGAGCUCCAGUUUUCCCCUUUUUAGCUGUUGGAGGCUAUAAUAGUGAGGAUGAUUACACUAAUGCUGAAGCCUUAAUUCUGACCUUCUCCCUAAACAAUUUUCCUCGAACCGACCCCAGGUUCAAAGUGGCACUGCAGUGGGAGACCGAGUUUCUUAAAAUCGUUCAGGAAUAUCAGAAAAAUCCCAAAAACAACUUCACAUUUGCGUACAUGGCAGAGAGGUCCCUGGAGGAUGAGAUUAACCGGACAACUGCGGAGGAUAUCCCAAUCUUCAUGAUUAGCUACGCUGUCAUCUUUGUGUACAUUGCAGUUGCAUUAGGAGAAUACUCUUCUUGCAAGCGUAUAUUGGUGGAUUCAAAGUUUUUGGUGGGACUGGGUGGGAUCUUGGUGGUCGGCUGCUCCGUUCUGGCUUCCAUGGGCUUCUACUCGUGGGUGGGGCUCCCCUCUUCUCUGGUCAUCCUGCAGGUUGUGCCCUUCCUGGUGCUGGCAGUGGGGGCUGACAACAUAUUCAUCUUUGUAUUGGAAUACCAGAGAGAUAUGCGGAGGCCGGGUGAGAAGAGAGAGGAGCAGAUUGGCCGUGUGCUGGGAAGUGUUGCUCCCAGCAUGCUCCUCUGCAGCCUCUCAGAGUCUGUCUGCUUCUUUCUGGGCGCCCUGUCGACGAUGCCUGCAGUGAAGUCCUUUGCUCUGUAUGCGGCCCUGGCUGUGCUCAUGGACUUUGUGCUUCAGAUGACCUCGUUUGUGGCUCUGCUCUCUCUGGACGCACGGCGACAGGACAAGAACCGCUGUGAACUGCUGUGCUGCGUCACUGUGUCCACUCGGCGCCCCAACAAGCCCAACGAGGGCAUCCUGCUCCCAUUCAUGAGGAAGUUCUACGCCCCUGCCCUGAUGCACAGCGUCACCAGAGUUAUUGUGAUGCUGCUGUUCAUCUUUAUGUUUUGUGCUUCCUUGUUCCUCAUGUUCAAUGUGACGGUUGGUCUGGAUCAGGAGCUGGCAAUGCCUCAAGGCUCUUACAUGCUGACCUAUUUUGAAUAUUUGUACAAGUACUUUGAAGUGGGGGUACCUGUGUAUUUCGUCACAAAGAAGGGCUAUAACUUCAGCACAGUCGAGGGAAUAAACGGUGUCUGCUCCAGCGUCGGCUGCAAUCAGUUCUCACUCACUCAAAAGAUCCAGUACGCCACAGAGUACCCCGAACUAUCCUACAUUGCAAUCCCAUCGAACUCCUGGGUGGAUGAUUAUAUCGACUGGCUGAACCCAGGAUCAAAAUGCUGUCGUCUUUACGCCUUUGGGCCAGACAAGGGAGAGUUCUGUCCUGCAAGCGAAAGUGCUUUUCGCUGCCCAUUUAAAUGCAUGAAGACUCCGCCAGACGGUGUUCUGAGGCCCAGUGUGGAACAGUUCAAUAGGUUCUUACCUGAUUUCUUGGGAAAUCGACCCGAUCUUCAGUGUCCAAAAGGAGGUCUUGGAGCGUACGACACAGCUGUGGUGAAGGAUGAGAGCGGAGAGAUUAUAGCGACCCGGUUCAUGGCUUAUCACACGCCGCUCACAAACUCCCAAGAGUUCACGGCCGCGCUACUCAGAGCGAGAGAACUGGCCCACAACAUCACCAUGGGCAUGAGGCUAGUCCCAGGCACCUCCCCAGACUUCGAGGUCUUCCCUUACACCGUGACCAAUGUGUUCUAUGAGCAGUAUCUAACCAUCGUGCCGGAGGGGCUCUUCAACAUCUCGCUUUGCCUGCUGCCCACGUUUGUAGUGUGCUGUCUGCUGCUGGGGCUCGACCUGCGCUCCGGCCUUCUCAACCUUAUCACCAUCGUCAUGAUUGUGGUUGAUACAGUGGGAGUCAUGACACUGUGGGGAAUAGAUUACAACGCAGUGGCUCUUAUCAACCUGGUCACAGCGGUUGGGAUAUCUGUGGAGUUUGUAUCUCAUAUGACCCGAUCGUUCGCUCUAAGCACAAAGUUGACUCAUGUGGAAAGAGCCAAAGAGGCCACAGCCAAUAUGGGCAGUGCGGUGUUUGCAGGUGUUGCUAUGACCAAUCUGCCCGGGAUUCUGGUUUUGGCUUUUGCCAAAGCUCAGCUCAUCCAGAUGUUCUUCUUCAGGCUCAACUUAGUCAUCACACUCCUUGGGAUGGCUCAUGGACUGGUGUUCCUCCCUGUCCUGCUCAGCUACUUUGGUCCUGGUUUGAACAAGGCUGUGUUGUUCCAGCAGCAGCAGAGGGACAGAGAGCAGAUGUCCAACCACAUGAAGCCGGUUUAUGAUAACAUGACUUAUGAAGCCCAAGAAAAUAAACCAGAGCUAAAUGGCACCAUCGUCUCACAAACGGUCAACCACCACGGGGAGGAGAGGGUCGACCGUUUCUGA